AUGACUCUGCCUAUAACGCAACUAUACGCAGGCGCUUUUACUGUUGCAGUAGGUAUCGCUUUAGUUCGCUACCUUACCUAUAGCAGAUUAUCAAAUACCAAGCAGCCCUAUUUAGCUAAAAUAAUGCAUAGCGAUAAUAUAUUAAGUGGCUCAUUUCUCAAAGAAUCCGGUACCGGCCACCAGCUAACCCCGCUGGAAUCUCGGGCAUUAUCGAACUUACGGCUUGCAGCAACAUUUGACAUCUGUAAUUCGUUUACAACGACCGAGGAAAACAUUCAUAGAGAAUUUCGACAACAGGCUGCACAACGUCUAAAUUUAACUGAAAGCGAGUGGAAGGCUAUUGUAUGCAAAGCACAACUGGCCAUUUCAUCAUAUUUACAGAUUUCUCUCCAGCAAACCAAUAGCUUGUAUCUGAAAGUGUCUCUACCUUCUAUGGUACGAGUUGUAGUUCUUAAAGUUGUCCUCAGUACAAUGUUUGAUGAAUACCAAACGCAUUCACUCCCCACAGACCAGGAAUAUCGCGUACUUGAUCAAGUUGCCGACAUGAUUAACAAACUAUGGAUAUUGUCCAAGCAGGGUUUUCCAGAUUCAGAGUCCCUGUUAAAUCAGCUCAAUGCACUUUUAAACUGCUUGCUGCCCGAAGUAUACUACCCACUGAAUAUUAUCUUACCCUCAUUUGAAACGAUGUGGCGCGUAACAAUGCGAGGAGUUAUGGAGUUACGGUUUCGUGAUUGUGAAACCUGGAACUCGCAUUAUCAACGUAUGUUCAAGGAUAUCUUGAACAAUCCCUCUCUUCAUACGAUGAAAAAGUUGGAUCGUGAAUAUGGCGCAUCGAUGAAUGAUAUAGUGAAUGAGAUACUGCGUCUCUAUCCACCCACACGGCGUAUUCACAGAGCAAUUUCUGCUUCUGAUAGUUGUUCGCCUGUUAUCACGUCAGUUGAUAUAGACAGCCUGCAUCGGGAUCCUGAUAUAUGGGGAAAGGAUUCAUUAUGCUUCAGACCCUCUCGUUGGCGCAGCGGACUUAGCGAAACGCAGAACGCAGCAUUCUUUCCAUUUGGUAAAAAAAUUUUCGUUUGUCCUGCAAAACCAUCUUUUGCGCCUCGAAUGUUGGCCAUUCUUGUGGGCGCAAUCUCAAUAGGUAUAGAGCAAGCUAACUUGGAGUGGGGUCAAGAGAGAAACAGUUUUGUUGAGAAACAACCCAUCAGUAACCGCCGAGAGGAUUUAGACGCUCUAAGCAUUUCUUAUCGUCAAUCAAACUUGCCUACUUUCUUUACAAAAGUUUCUACAGUAGCAGAUACUUCUAAAUUGCAGCUUGAUAACCCACAAGUGGGUGAAAUAACAUUGAAAAAUAACUGUCAGUAG